AUUCACAAAAGCCUCAUCAAGAAGUCAGCAAAAAUUGUGAAGAUGAAAAAAAUGAACAGCUGCAAUAUUGAAUCAAAUAGUCCUAAAAAAUUUAGAACUCGUCCACGAUCCCUGCAAGACUUUGUUGAAAAUCUAAGAGAAAGUUGUGGUAUGUUUAGAAUGUUAAGUAUAAUAUAAUGUUUUGUAGAUGUACCUAGCUUUACUUGUAUAAUUAUUUUUCAUUGUCAAAGCUGAGAUAAUGUCACUGGCCAUUGUCACAUAUUUAGUUUGUUAAAAUCUAAACAUUGAAUUGAUCUAUGGGCAAUUAUUUUUUUUUUAAAGUCAUACAAUGAGAUUGCUAAUAGCUAGUUGGUGAUGAAAGUAUUAAAAAGGUCAGAUUUUAAAUCCCAAGCAAUGGAACUAAAAUAAAAAUAUGCAAAUCUAUCGAUUCAGAUUGUUGAAUUCUCUAAAGCUGUCCUUUUUAAUAAGAAGUUUCCAGAGAACUUUGAUGAAACAAACCCAAAUAUUGUGGACACCUUAACUCUUCUAAAUGCUGCUAUCAUGUUAAACAGAUUUCAGUCCUUGAAAAAUGGGAGGAAUUCUCUAAUUAGUAUAAUUUCUGCUGUUCUCCAGGGUACUAAUUCAUCCUGCUUCUUUUAUUUCUCAUAAUCUAUUUUUUAUUUGGACACCUUUAAUAGCCAAAGCUAUACCCAAAGCUAUACCUACUUUAUUUCUCUCUAUUUCAGAUGUCACUAUAGAAGUCAUUGAAGGCGAGAAAGGCAGCAUGAAAGGUAUUUUCUGGCAGGAUUCUGUCAUGAAAAGUAGAUUUGACAGUUUUCCCGAACUGUUGAUCGUUGGUUGUGCAAAUGACAUAAACAAAUUAAAAACAUCUGUCAUUUUCCAAGUCAUCGUGGACGGCAACGGUGAAAGUGAGAUAGCUUCAUUGUUCUUGGUAUCCUCAGAGGACCCGGACACAUUCACAUCUCUGGUCAACAUCUUCAGGAACCACAACACGGCGUGGCUGAGAACAAGAACCAUCUUAACUGGCAAAGACUUGAAGCACAGGUGUGUGUUCAGGUCAUGUUUCCCAGAUGCCGGCCUGCACAUUUGUAAGAUGCAAGUAAUGGAAGAAAUGAAGAGAGACCUUGCU